CGGGAAUGCCGAUGAUGCGAUGCGCGGUCAGCGGUCUGCUGGAUCAGUGCUAGUGCUUGACGCGAGGCGAGUGUACGGUGGUGCACGGUCGCUUCGCGUAUUAUACGGGGUUCGCACUAACUGUUUUCGUUUUGUCGUUUCGUCGAACCGUGGUCGUACUAGUACCUGUCGCGACAGCGCGCCCGUGUAUAAAACGUUGGCGCGUGCAUACAAACGGAUAAAGAGCGAAAGGGUUGAAGUGACCGAAAGGUAAAGGGAGCGAAUUGUUCGAGAGACAGUGGGGGUAGUAACGGACGGGUUUUCCCAGCGGAGGAACGUUCCAAUUUUUGGAAGACCACGAGUGAGAGGAAACGGUGGUGGAGCGUGCCAGGGCAGGGUGCAUCGCCACCGGCCUACGAAUAAAGGGCAAGACGAAAUGGGCCGGUCCGUACUUACGUGAUAGGAGGUGCAUGAGCGCGCGCGCGCUCGCACUCGCUCGCGUGUGUAUGUGCGUGCGUGUGUCAUCGCUGCGCGAGUGUUUACGUGAGAAAGGGGGUGAGAAAGGGUGAAAAAAUCGUUUCGGUCGGAAUUCGUAAGUGAUACGUGACAACACGUAGAGAGUCGAUAUAUCCGAAAUAAUCGGUGGUGCCGCGAUCGCGUAUCCGUCCUCUCGGGGUAGAGUUAACACCGAAAAGCCGCGCGCAACCGCCGUCACGCAAGAUGAGAGCUAAAUAUGUUUUUAUGACGCUGAUCAACGCGGCCUUUCUUUGUCUCGCAUCGACGAUACUAUCGGAAUCGUCGGCCGGUGGUGACUCUUGCAAGUGGUCGUCCGAGGGUGGCAACGACACGCGGUCCGCGAACUGCACCCUCCGUGUGCUGGACCCCGGCGCGAUCACCGGUCUGUUCGCAUCGCUCGACGGUGCUCUCAAGCUGCGUAUACGAUGCAGCGACGUCCAUCACUUCGAGAGCAGUUUCAACGCGCAGAGCUGGCAGCGUUUGACCAGCUUGCACGAGCUCCACGUGCACGGAUGCAAAGUGUUGCGGAUCCCGGCGGCCGCCUUCCAGCCGCUGCUCGAAUUGAAGAAACUGACGAUGCAGACGUUCAACGGCGCGUGGGGCGCGAAUCGUCUUCUCGAAUUCGCGCCUGACUCGUUUCUCGGUUUACGGGAACUGCACACGCUCGAGCUCGUCGAGAGCAACGUGCACGCGUUACCGAUAAACACGCUCUGCGGACUGGAUAAUCUUCAAACGUUGAACCUGACGGGGAAUCAUUUGCGGGACUUGAACGACAUUGGUUUGGAUCGUCGUGACGGGAACGUUUCCGACGGCGGCAGCGAGGAGCCCUCGUGCCGUGCCGAUAUACGAAUCUUAGACCUGUCACGGAACGAGAUUAAACGUUUGCAAGAGGACAGCCCGUUGGUAGGGUUGCGACAGCUUCAAGAGCUGCACCUGCAGCGAAACGCGAUCGUCGAAAUUGGCGGUGACGCGCUCACCGGGCUGACCGUGCUGCGUACCUUUAACGCCAGUUAUAAUUCUCUGGACUCGUUGCCCGAAGGUUUGUUCGCCAGUACGAGAGACCUUCGAGAGAUACACCUGGCGUACAACGGGCUCCGCGACCUGCCGAGGGGUAUAUUCACUCGGCUCGAGCAGCUGCUAGUACUGAAUCUCGCCGGGAAUCGGCUGGGCAGCAAUCGGGUCGACGACACGACCUUUGUCGGCUUGAUACGAUUGAUCGUCCUCGACUUGUCUUACAACAUGCUCACGCACAUAAACGCCCGUAUGUUCAAGGACCUGUUCUUCCUACAGAUACUCGAUCUUCGAAACAAUUUGAUCAAUCGGAUCGAGAACAACGCCUUUCUCCCUCUUUACAAUCUGCACACCCUCGAGCUCUCCGAUAACAAGCUGCACACCGUGGGAGCGCAACUUUUCAACGGUCUUUUCGUCCUGAAUCAGCUCACGCUAUCCGGCAACUCGAUUGUGAGCAUCGACCCACUCGCGUUUCGUAACUGUUCCGACCUGAAGGAACUCGAUUUGAGCCGUAACGAGCUUACGUCCGUGCCGGACUCGUUGCGCGACCUCGCGCUAUUGAAGAACCUAGACCUAGGCGAGAACCGGAUCAGCAGUUUUCGAAACGGCUCGUUCCGCAACCUCGAUCAGCUCACGGGUCUGCGUUUGAUCGGGAACGAUAUCGGAAAUCUGUCGCGCGGCAUGCUCUGGGAUUUACCGAAUCUACAAAUAUUGAAUCUGGCUAGGAACAAGGUGCAACACGUCGAGAGAUACGCGUUCGAGCGGAACAUGCGACUCGAGGCGAUCCGGCUCGACGGCAACAUACUCUCGAACAUUAACGGCGUAUUCACCAGCAUCGCCAGUCUGUUGUUACUGAACUUAUCGGAGAAUCACAUCGAAUGGUUCGACUACGCCUUCAUCCCUGGGAAUCUGGAAUGGUUGGACAUACACGGGAAUUUCAUCGAGAGUCUGGGCAACUAUUACGAGAUUCGCGACUCUAAAGUGAAAACGUUGGACGCGAGUCAUAACAAUAUCACUGAAUUGUCACCGAUGUCGGUGCCGGACAGCGUCGAGUUGCUCUUCAUAAACAAUAACAACAUCAGCGUGGUGCGACCGAACACCUUCAGAGAUAAGGUGAAUCUGACUAGGGUCGACAUGUACGCGAACACGAUCGAAACGAUGGAGCUGACGUCGCUGCUGUUGACCAAAGUACCGGAGGACCGGCCGCUACCUGAAUUCUACAUCGGCGGUAAUCCAUUCAAUUGCAACUGCUCGAUGGACUGGCUCCCGGCGAUCAACAAUCAGACCUCGACCAGGGAAUAUCCACGCAUCAUGGAUCUGGACAACGUGAUGUGCCUUACGUCCGGGCCACGUGGCGUAGCCGUCGUGCCUGCCUCGACUGCCCGGUCCGAACAAUUCCUCUGCCGUUACGAGGCGCAUUGCUUCGCCCUCUGCCACUGCUGCGAUUUCGACGCGUGCGACUGCGAGAUGACCUGUCCUGCUGGCUGCAAGUGCUACAACGAUCGUACAUGGAAUACGAACGCCGUCGACUGUUCCGGCCUCGGCGUCGAGGAAAUACCCCGACGUAUACCGAUGGACGCCACCGAGGUCUACCUGGAUGGUAACGUGUUACGCGAGUUGCAAAAUCACGUGUUUAUAGGACGGAAGAAUAUGCGUGUGCUGUACGUGAACGCCAGCGGCAUCGAGUCCAUACAGAAUCGUACGUUCAACGGUCUGAACAAUCUGCAGAUCCUUCACCUCGAGGAUAAUCGGAUACGGGAGUUGAAGGGCUUCGAGUUCGAGCGGCUGUCCCACCUGCGCGAACUCUACCUACAGAACAAUCUGAUCGGGUUUAUCGGUAACCUGACCUUUCUGCCGUUACAUUCGCUCGAGAUAUUGAGACUCAGCGGGAAUCGUUUGGUGACCUUCCCGGUCUGGCAGGUUACCCUGAACGCUAAGCUCGUUGAACUGUCUCUCGGUAGCAAUCCGUGGUCCUGUCGCUGCAAAUUCUUGCAAGAAUUGUCCUCCUGGGUAUCGGACAACGCGCACAAAGUGGUCGACGCGAGCGACGUUUGGUGCUAUUACGGGGGUGACGCGAGGCCGGCUUAUAGGCGCCGAUUGAACGUGAACGAGACGGUCUGUUCCGAUUUUCCUCAGGGUGGCGUGAUCGAGAGCAUCAUGGUCUCCGACUACUUGCCGUUGGUAGCGGCCACGUUGUCCGCGGUGCUCGUACUCCUCGUGAUCGUGGUCCUCGCGUUUAUAUUCCGCGAGCCGGUCGGCGCUUGGGCGUACUCCAAGUACGGACUGCGAUUUCUGCGCACGAAACCGGGUAAAACCAGCGGAACCGCGACGAUGCCGUCCGCGGCUCCGAUGGCCUCCUGCUGCGACGUAGAUCGCGAGCGCCUCUACGAUUGCUACGUUUGCUACAGUCCAAACGACGAAGACUUCGUAUUACAUUCUUUGGCCGUGGAACUAGAGCACGGCACCGCGGGCCUCAGACUCUGUUUGCAUCACCGCGACCUCCCCUGCGUGCUCCGUGCUUCCGCUCCAGCGCCGGUCGUAUUAGAAGCGGUAGACGCGUCGCGACGCGUGUUGAUUGUUUUGACUCGUAACUUCUUACAAACCGAAUGGUCCCGAUUUGAAUUUCGCGCAGCGCUUCACGAGGCGCUACGCGGUCGAGCAGCGCAAUUGAUCAUCGUACAAGCUGGCCACGCUUGUCCGGAGAUGGAACGCGAUCCGGAACUGCGGCCGUACCUUCGAAACGCGGCGGCGAUCCUCACGUGGGGCGAGAAGAGGUUCUGGGAACGUCUUCGAUACGCGAUACCAUCGGCGAACAGUCAUACCAUAGGCGACAUAUCCGUGGAAAGCAAGUCGUCGCCGCUCGUUUACAAGCGUAACAUCAAUACCUAUACGCUGGACGGUGUCGGUGGUGGCGGUGAGAAAAUGACGAGCAUGUCAACGCUCCGCGCUCAAGAACGGCAGCGUGCCCUCUUCAAAGACUCGUCGCCAACGACCGCGUUGAUGUUGCAACACGCACCGCCAGCCUAUUCCUGCGGCUCUGUGCCGCAACAACAGACGCCUUCGUCCCCGCAGCCGAGGCUGACCGUCAAUCACGCCUACCGGGAUGCGGUCACCGUCCCGAGCAGCAAUCUCAUCGCCGCGAACACCACGGUCACCAGCGGCAGCAGCGAGGAUCACAGAAGACCGCUCUCCGAGCACAUAUACUCGUCCAUCGACUCGGAUUACUCGACGCUGGAACGAACCGCCUGGAGGCAGCAACAACCGCCGCCUCCGCCGCCGCCGCCGCCGUCAUCCGGCCAGGCCUAUCUCGUCUAGCUUCGCGCCGAUUCUAUUCUUCUGCUUGUGAUACUGUAUUCGUGUUCCCGCGAAAGGACGAAGCUUGUCUCGCUUUUUGUGUUCACUUACACCGCAAUGGCCGCGGAUCGGUAUUGUGCAUACCGAAUUGUUUCACGUGGACGCGUACACCCCCGCUCCACGAGUAUCAGCACGGUUGAUAAAAGUUAAGACGCAUGGUGAACGUCUGAGUCAAGUUCAAUUCGUCGGAUCGUAUCGAUAAGAAGACAGCUCAUAUCCUUUCUUCGGAUGUUCGAUGCAUCAGUUUCAUAUCGAAAUGUAAUCUGUUCUUAAUCAUACUGCGGUUCUAGUAAAAAUUCAGAUAAGUACCUACUCUAAUCGAUAUCAGGGAAUUUCUGCGCUGCAGAACUCAAUUAAUAAGAAUCAGGAAUUACAAAGAUAUCUAUUUUUGUUGCGAGUAUCAAACAAUAUUGAUUAAAUUCCUUCCGUUUCUCUGAUUGUCAGUUUAGCAGUGUUUUCAAAACUAAUGACUAUCAAUAUAGUCUUUCUGCGUAAAUCCUAGAUGCGUUCUUGAUAUCAUUAGUUAGGAGCGGGAGUGUGUUAGCGUGAUUCCACGCUGUCAAGCGUCCUGCUCGAACGAUCGUGAUAAUCUUGGAUAGUUGAUAAAUGAAAGAUAUAUUUUCUAACUUGAAUUCGUGUAUCAAGUAUCUAAGGUUACUUAAGCUAAUAAUAUUUAAGGGAAUUCGAAAACGAUUGUUACUUACGGUACCUCGAAAGAUCGUCGUCGAGCUUUCGCCUUUUCACGGGCUGUGCUCACGUGGAGAUAUUAGUGUGUAUGUAUAAUAGUUUCGCGAUAGACAAGAGAACGCGCGAUAUUAGCCCGGAGUACAUAUAAUUCCACGACUACUUUGGAAAUAUUUGUGUUGUUCGCGACGAGUUCUUGUUCUUUUCUCGUGAAACGCGUUCACUGCUCCUGCUUUGUUUCCACGGUAAAAGCGUGAUUGUUCACUUUUCCACUCCUGGCUUUUCCCCCUUUUUUCUAUCCUUUCCUUUUUCUUCCCUCAAUGUCCCCCCUUCUCUCUCUCUCUCUCUCUCUCUCUCUCUCAUUCUCUUUCUCUCUUUCUCAUACACAUAGACACACACGUACACACGCUCUAUUCCAUAGUUUCCUCAAUAUCAGAGACCUUUCUCCCUGUGUCGCGGACAGAUUGCGCGCGCGCAGACUGUACGACGCGAAUUUUCUGAAUGGCGUCUCGCGAGAAUCUAGUUCGACUGGGACUCUUCAACUCCCUCUACUCCCACUUCACCUGACGAUUUUUCAUCGAGCAAUAAAGAGUAUAUAUGUAUAAACAUGCCAUCUCCUUUGCGCCCGGAAUCGCCAGGAAAAUCGUCUUUAACAGACGAUUUAUAUUCACACGCGUGUACAUAUCUGUUAUAUGUAUAUAUAAUAUAAUACAAGGGAGGGAAACGAGAACGCAAUAUGUAAAUAUUGGCCGCAAGCUCCGACGCUUGUACCAAUGUAUGUGUACCUAAUGUAUACAUUGUAUAUAUAUAUAUAUACACAUAUAAAUACUGACUAUACAUAUACGUAAAUUACGAAGGGAGAGAACGGUACGUCAUAUUACAUCGCCGUCGACUCGGACGUAUUUUACGUUCUUCUUCACCUCGUAGAAAGAGAGAGAGUGUUUUAGCUUCUCGAUUUUGAAUUUUUCAUCUAGGUAGUCACGAUGACUUUUUGUAAUUUUAUAUGUCCGAUCUGAUGAUACGCUGUACGAUAUGUAAAUAUGUAAUUAUAUCCAACGUCGCCUCGUGUAAAAUAUUAUUAAUCGCGUAAGGAUAAGAUUGGAGAGGAAGAGGACGAAACGGUGAAACGAGAAGGAGAACUAAAUCGCGAUACAAACAUGGAUGAAGAAAGCGAUAAUGAAUGAGUGAGAAAAUAUGAAAUUGAACCGGAAAGCAUGCGCUUGCGAUACUGUGAACGACGACACAGAGUUGCGCGUGUGUCGUAAAACUUAACUGUAUACUUGAUUUAUUUAAAUCAUGUGAAUAAAUUUAUAAAAUACGUUAUUACA